CGACGAUGGCAGCGAGUGCCUCUCUGAGGCCAGCGUGGACCUCGUUGGGUUCAUCGGCUGCUCAGAGUCUGCGGCAGAGCUUUGCGCACUUGGAAGGUACAGACGGACGCACGAGCGACAUUGCACAAGCCAGCGGGCAACAGAUCUGCAUUCUCGAUGGAUCCUAUAAGUUGCGAACGACUAUCUCGUUUGCUUCCUCAGUUCCCUCAGACUCGUUUUCGAAAGAGUGGUUCGUGCAGUGUCUGGCCCUUGGCUUUGGAUCAGAAGCUCGAAUCUUGGCGGCCGCGUCUUCCAAUCGCAUCUCGGUGUGGACCUCGGGCUUCUCGAGCGACUGGAAGCUGCAAACUUCAUUUUUCGUUGAAGAUGCCGUGACAUACUUGAGUUUGCAUAGAGAAUCGAGCCUGUCAACUUGGAAGCUCAAGGAUGGGCCAGUGGCUUCCUGGACAAGAUCCUGGCGUCUCAAAUCGUCCAAAGCAGUGACCUGCGCAUCGUUUGAUGGAACCGGUCGCCGCUUUGCGGCCACCUUCUCGCAGGACCCGACAGUCUUCGUUUGGACGAUCGACGCAGAAAAAAGGCCAAAGCUCAGGAACAGACUGAGACAUUCGAGAGCGGUUGUCAAAGUCUCAUGGAGGGGCGCACCAGAAGACCAGAGCCACGCUGACGUGCUGAUCACCACCACUUGUGACGGAGUCGUGCGGCUAUGGAUGGCGGUCAUAGAUGAACCAGACUGCUAUCGGCUCUGGUCCGCGACCGACGCCGCUUCGUUUGAUUCGAGCAGACGGCGAGCAACGGGAGGCAAGGGACAGCAGCGGCCUUGCAUCUAUCUCGAUGCGAGGAGAGCUACCUCCACCAUGCGACGCAGCUUAGAUCUUCUCCUUCGGGACAUCCAAAUGGCAGAGACUGGCGUGGGCAGCGAUCGAAUUGAUCUCACAGAGAAGACAGUGGACCUCAAACGAAGUCGGGCCCGUCGACUGGAACAAUUCAUUUCAGAGACGCCCGACAUGUUCCUCCAUGUGAACCAAGAAGGCAUCCUGGGGGUUCGGGCACUGGCUGGUGUCGAUCGACGACCACCGACGCUGUGCGAAAGCUUCACUGCGCUCAAGAUUCCCGCCCCUGAUCUGGUUCAGAGCGAAGCAAUGCAAGACGUCGACCUGGUGACGCUCACGAUCCCCCCAUCGGCCGAUUGCGACAACCCUACGGGUCUUAUGCGUAUCGAAGGUGGCGAGAAAGGCGGUAUUGCAGACUUUCAACUAUCUCCAGCCUUGCUCUUCGACGGUCAAGGGCAGGGUCUGACUUCCAAGAGGCCGUCGGGAAGUGUGGGUCACCUCGACACCAUCUCCAGCCUGUCCUGUAGCGGCGACACGCUCUAUUCCUUUUCAGGUAGCGGACGGGCUAUUCGGUGGUCUCCCCACGGCUCGCAAAAAGAAGAGCUUAGCCAGACCAUCGCUGCGCCGCUCGGCAAAGUUGCAAUGCGAGGCAAUCGUUGCGUCCUGGAGAGUCAAGACGGCGAAGUCUUUGCUGGGGAAUUUGGCAAACGGUUGUUGAAGCUCGACGGACUUCCUCCGGGAUCGAAGAUGCAAGAUCUUGGUUGGACGUCAAUCUCGGAUAAAACUCUCGCCUUGAUCUCGACUACAAGUGGGGAGGUCUUUGCGUGGAAAGGAGAAGAACCAAAUCUGCAAAGGGUGCAACUAAAUGGAAGGGAGGGAAAUAAGGCUCUAGCUUUUGUCGACGGACGAAACAGCGAUACAGUCCUUACCAUCGAUUCUCAGUCAUUGGACGUUUGGACAGUCACGACUGAGAAGUCCGGGCUUUGCCUACGUCUACAGAAAAGCAUCAACGGGACGGGGCAUUUGCAACUGGCGACAUUCGAGCACGACCAGAAUCUGGCCGCGCUGGUCGAUGGAUCUCUGAUCGUUGUCCACGAUCUGGCUUCGAGAAGCACCGAUACGAUCAAACCUACGGGCAAAGUAGUCGCCAUGGGAUGGUCUCCAGAUACGUCCAAUGGCCCGCUGCUCGCCGUUGCCUCGCAAACAAGCGUAGACAUCUUCUGCCGAGCCCGAAACGAUCUGCUGGGGACUCGCGGUGAUGCAAAAUCUCGUUGGCGUCUGAGUGCCCAGAUCGAUCUAUCGUCCGCCGUCGCCGCACCCAUCUCCUCGUUGGUAUGGCUUUCAGACUUCCAGCUCGUCAUUGCCUCCUCGAAUCAGCUCUAUAGCUUUGGACCACUUAUGAACGAUCCGGAGAAGAAGUCUUUGCACUUAGCGCAAUUGGCCGCCUCGAAACUGGGACCACUACCCGAGUACCAUCCCCAGGUCUUGUCUGGGUGCUUGCUGUUAGGGAGACUGGACUUGGCAAGACACAUCCUGGCCCAUGCGCUCAAGAACGACGAAUUUCUUGAUGGCUCGUGGACGUGCUUGAAGAAGCCAAUUAUCGACGCACCUCGUAUAGAUGCGGGCGGCGACCUUGACCACCUCGCAACACUACACCUAGAGGACAAGAAAGAAUUUCGAGCAAUCAGCCGAGCCAUCAUUGACGUCGAUGAGCUUCAAAUGCCGCUAGAUGACGAGGGCUUGCGCUACCUCGUCUCGCUCAAGUGGCGACUCGCAAGCUUGUCUGACAUUGAUACUCCAUGGCGAGAUGUUAUCUUUGCCUUCCACAGCAAAAGACAGGAACUUCUUGUCCAAGUCCUUGACCGGUGGUACAACUCCAAGAUUGACUGGCCUACCGCUCGUUCGAUUGGCCUCUUCAUGUGGCUUCGAUCAAACGACGACGUCCGCGCCCAGGCCGAACUUGUGGCUAGGUGCCAGUACACGAAGGGGGAGGAUAGGGAUCCCUCUGCGUGCUCUAUUCUCUAUUUUGCCUUGGGCAAACAGAAGCUCGUGCUAGGCCUUUGGAAGCAGGCUUACUGGCAUCCUGACCAGAAGAAGAUGCUCCAAUUCUUGGCCAACGACUUCACGCAGGAUCGCUGGCGUUCGGCUGCCCUCAAAAACGCAUUUGCCUUGUUAAGCCAGCGGAGGUUUGAGAUGGCUGCCACUUUCUUUUUGUUGGGUGGAAGCGUCAGGGAUGCGGCCAACGUAUGCAUCCGAAAUCUCGACGAUCUCUCGCUGGCUGUCACAAUCGCUCGACUGUACGAGGGCGGCGAAAGUGGUCCCGUCCUAGCUGACAUUCUGAAGAAGCAUGCGAUUCCGCUUGCCGUCGAGAGAGGUGAUCGGUACUUGGCCAGCUGGGCAUUCGGCCUGCUCGGUCGUGAGGAGUACGCUCUGGCGUCUCUGGUUAGACCCUUGACAGACGUUGCAAAGGAAGCACUAGUCGUCGACUUGAACGUCGCCAAAGCGGAAGAGGAAGAUCCGUCGCUGCCGUUGCUGUACCGGACACUCCGACAGACUUUGCCCCCGCCAUUACCGCCGAGCCGCUCCGAAGCGCAGCUCGUGCUUGACUCGGCCCGUCAGCUUCGUCAGAGCGGCUGCCACUCACUGGCACUCGAGCUUGUUCGCAGCUGGACCUUUUCAAAGGCCGCUCCCAUUGCUCCCACUGCUGCCUCCAAGUUUACCAACCGAGUCGAGCCACAGCAGCAGCAGCAGCAGCAGCAGCAGCAGCAGCAAGAUAUUCCGGCUACGCCGGCGACCAAGGCGCCUAGCCUUAUCAAGAGGGACAAGGACCUUCAACAGCAGGGCGCUCAAGAGUUCAGCAUGGACUCGUUCGGCUUCUGACCUGCUAGCCUCGUGAUAAUAUAUUACAGCAAUAGAUCCCCGUCUAGCAUUAGCUCCAGUCGAGAUCCUCGUCAACGAGGUCCAUGAUCUUUUCCCCGUCUGCAUUUCGUGCGUCGGUCGGAACAAGUGCACUGUCCCGCUCUUGGAGAGCCUUUUGCCAGCCCCCUUGGUCGACGCGGUCUGACUCCUGGGCUGCCUGG